AAAGAAAAGACAAUGUUUUUGUUUACCGAUCACCGGUGACAACAACUUUUUAUUCACCACUGUUGUGUUCACAUUUUUCAGCAUAUUUUUGGUUUUCAAAAAUUCCUCCGGCAUAAAACAUACCCAAAGAUGCUUCAAAUAUCGUUUGAAGUGUCCAGAAAUGGCCAGGUUACUCAAUUGCAAGAAAACGUGGAUGGCAACAAAAUAAGCGAUUUGAUCAAAUCCCUCAAAGCAAUGAAAGAAUCCUCCAAUAACACCCUCACAAAGCUACUACAAGAGGAAACUAUCAAGAAUACCCGAAAAGCAGAGAAGGAUAAUGAUACGGAUGACACCGAAGGAGAGGAACCGACGAAGGAUGAGCCCCGAAAGAAGAUAAAAAGCUAGUGUUAAACAUGUAUAAAAAUGUAAUAAAUGUAUAAAACCCUAAUUAAAUUAAGAAGUUUAUCAUUUUUAUUAAAAUAAAUUUCUUUGCUGAAAGUUUCUCUGAUAAAAAUAUGCUGUUAAACAUGUAAUAGUUUUUACUUCCUGCAAUCGAUCAUGCGCAAAAAUUUCACCGAGUCCCUGGAAACGCGUUACAUGUUUAUCGGUUGAUUUAUUAAGAAUAAAAUGUUAACACAGGAUGUCUAAAAGAUUAGAAGUCAACCGAAGAUCAUCUGCUUUAUGAUUCUUGUUUUAUUGAGAAUAAAAUUUUAACAAAAAAUGUCUAAAAGCUUAGAAGUCAGUCGAAGAUCAUCUGAAUCUACUGAAAGUGAUGAAAGUAGCGAAUAUACUAUCGCGUCCACCAACGACUCGUUUAGUCUGGCCAGCAGCAAACCUAAGCCGAAAUUCAACGAAAUCGAAAGCGCCAUGAUCAAUUCCGUGCUGGAGGAAACCAUCUUCAAGCUAAUCAUCGUCAAUAUGGAAGAAGACCAGGGAAGCAAUCCCAUAGUGAAGAAACCACCGAUGCACGUGCGAUUCGAUCCGUCCUACAAGAGCAGGAUGGUCAACGAAAAUCAAGCAGUUGAUGUAGCUAUGGGAAUGAUGAUACUGGUGAAGUUGAAGAAUGAUAUUUCUAACUUGAGGAAACUGUUGUCCGACACGCACGUUGAAAUGGCUGAGUACGGCUCCUUCGAAACCCUGCAGACGUUCAUGGACAACGACAUUCAGAGCGAGAAGGAGGAACACCAACUCAUUCGAGACAGCAUUUUGAACGAGAAGAAGCUGAAAGCCUUACAAUCGCAGCUGGACGGUGAAACGAGAGAAAGAAAAUCCAUGCUCAAGCAGCUGAACGACGAAAUAUUCGAUUUGGAAACAAGAGCUCAGGACACCAUGGUGGAAAACGAUGUAAAGAUCAGGCUUGUUCAGAAAUGGGAGAACACUCGACACGAGCAAGCUAGAAUAGUCAUUGAAGGGAAGGAAAAUACACUGAUCAAAACUUCCAAAGAAGCAAGAGACAACAUCGACAGAGAACUGCGACUUCGAAGUGAAAUUGAUGUUUACAUCAACUACUGCAUCGACCAAAUAAAUGAUAAAAUCUCCUUUUGGAUGGACAAAUACCAAAGGGAGAUCAAGGCCUUUGAUGGGGAUAUUACCCGUCACAAGGAGAACAUUGCCGAGCUAAAGGUAAAGUACGAGGAAAUGGUCAUUCUUUACAAACAUCGCGAAAAGGAAAUAAAGAUAUGCGCGGAGUCGCGCAAGGAGCGGGAGAAGCAGAAAGCGUUCGCUAACAAACAGCACCGGUCGGCAAUCGUCAUACAAGCCUGGUGGCGUGGCACCAUGGUGCGUAAGGGUCUGGGACCAUUCAAGAAGAAGAAGAAAUCGAAACCACCCAAAUCAUCGAAAAAGGGUGGGAAGAAAGGAAAAUAGAUCGUAGGAUGGGAGUGAGAGGAUUUCUUUCACGUUCUAUCGGAUUGCACGUCUCGAAAUUGAAUUUUAUAUUGUUUUAUUAAAAAAGUGUGUACGCAGCGCUAACACAUGUCAAUACAUUUUUUUGAUAGAAUAAAAGUUUCAGAUCUCUACGAUGACAAGCUGAAUGUUGUGGGUUCGGCGUCCACUUGUCGUUUUCCGAUUACAAUACGCUAUCAAUAUACAAUACAUAUGUAGCUCUUUUUACAAUUAAAUCAAUGUAAAUUUCUACAGUUUUGUUUCAAAUAUAAAUAAUUUCUUUGUUUCAUCUUUUUGCAUUAUAUAGUUGUAGAAAAAAAAUCAAUAAAUAUUUUGCUUUCCAAUAUUUUAUCGCCAUUCAAUUCUCGAUAAGAAAGAAAUAGUGAACAUAGCAUAAGUUUCAAAUGGCAAAAUAUCUGAUGUUACAUCACUCGACUUGGGUGAAUCAAGGUGAUAGGAAUCUACAGUAAAGGACUACACACCAGGAAAAGGUUUCCUUGUAAAGCAUGCGAGGUGUCUCUCGAUAUGCGUUCUUCACUUAAGGAAACAGAUUUCCGACACAUUUUAUUCUUCUGAGCAUUCCAAAACAAAUAUAACUCAUCACGUAUGGUCUACCCUAGAUUAGUCACGAUGCAAAUAACAUUCUAAACUCAACUGGCGAUUGACUGGUUCUAUCCCAAGCGAUCAACCAUACGUCUGUCGACGGAACAAUUAGUACUUAAAGCCUGGUGUAUUGAAAUAGUAUGAAUCACAAUGUCGUUCAAUAACAAUUGUUGUAGUUGGAAUUUUCUUUGAUUGGAAUUAUUUUGUUCAUAAGAUUGGGCCUCUUGUAUUAGACUGUAUCUUUAUCGGGGAUUUAUGUGUAUAUUUGGUUAUGUUGUUUGUAACGAUCAGUUAUUCGAGUGAUAUUAUUAGAA